UUGAAUUCGGCUCGCGUGCACGUGCGGACUUUUUUUAUUGUUAUUUUUUUAAUAAUCUAAUAUCUGGAGACGUGGUUGCCAGUGUUUUUUUAUAUUCAGCCAGUGUCUAGAGGCAAAGUAAAGUGUUUUUAGCGCGUUUGUUGUAAAUGGGUUGUGUUUCGUCAUAGGAUUUAUUUUUAGUUUAGCUUUAACAAGCUGUGAUGUGAGUUGGUCUUAAUUUAGCAUAAGAGUGUACAAAACUAAAAUGAGAAAGAAGAGAAAAACCAAAUAAUCGGCUCAGAAGAAGCAUUUAUUAGUUAAUAAGUUUAACAAACAUCGAGUGCAAACAACUUUACCUUUGACAAACAAGUAAUCGUUUUAAAAAUGAAUCUCUAAACGUUCUAUUUGUUUUUAAAAUUCAAAUAAAGAACUCGAAUGUCAACGUCUUAGUGGCCAGUGUUGGCAAGUGGAUAAAAGUGUGACAAGGUGGCCGGAGACGAGCAUCUGGAUAUGUUGGGGGGUCCGGAGUGGGCGCAGCGGGAGUCGACCCCCCCAAGGAACGCCCCCCUGCCGAGUUUCGGCUUCACGCAGGAGCAAGUGGCCUGCGUCUGCGAGGUUCUGCAACAAGCUGGCAACAUCGAGCGUCUCGGCCGGUUUCUCUGGUCGCUACCAGCCUGCGAGCGUCUCCAAGCGCACGAGUCGGUGCUGAAGGCCAAGGCCAUGGUGGCCUUCCACCGGGGGAACUUCAAGGAGCUGUACCGGCUGCUGGAGUCGCACAACUUCAGCGCACACAACCAUGCGAAGCUGCAGAAUUUGUGGUUGAAAGCCCACUACAUGGAAGCGGAGCGUCUACGAGGCAGGCCGCUCGGUGCCGUCGGCAAAUACAGAGUCAGACGCAAGUUCCCCCUACCCCGGACUAUAUGGGAUGGUGAAGAGACUUCGUAUUGUUUUAAGGAGAAGUCCAGAACAGUACUCCGUGACUGGUACCUCCACAAUCCCUACCCUUCGCCGCGGGAGAAGAGGGAACUGGCUGAGACCACCGGACUGACUACUGUACAGGUAUCCAAUUGGUUCAAAAAUAGAAGACAGAGAGACAGACAAGCUGAACACAAAGAUAGCGCCGGCGGCGACAAGCAGCUUGACUCAUCCACCGACGACGACAGCGACGCCCCUCACCCCGCGCCUCACGCCCCACCCCUGUACCCGCUGUACGAACAUCCCCUAGCACAUCUACAGUAUCAUCACACGUGACAUGACUACAGAUAGAUAAUAUGUGAAAAAAGUACGCAACAUAACCUUUUUUGUAACUUUGAUGAACAUGUACUUCAUUGCUUAUGGUCGCAAUUUUGACGUCUUACCUUUCUAAAUGUCAAUUUAAAAAUGUAAACGUCAAAAUAUUGACAUUACAACUUUUUUAAAUUAUUGUUCAUCAAAGAUACAUAAAGGGGGCUGUAACUUCUCCCAUAAGCUCUAGCACAUUUACAAUACCUAUAAUAAUCAUAUCCUUCAAAAAGAAGAACUUCAGAAAUAUAUUAGGCUCCUUACGCUCUGCCCCUGUACCCGCUGUACGAACACCCUCUAGCACAUACACAGUUAAGUAUCAUCACACGUGACAUGACUACAGAUAGAUUUAUGUGAAAAAAGUACACAUUAUAACAGUAACCCCCCCUAAUCCCUAACCUUGAGUACCUACAUUAAUAAAACACAUGACUAUCGAUAAAUAAUGUGACAUAAGAUCAAAAAUACAUACCGAUUCCUUCUUGGAAGCACGGAAUACAAAGCAUGGUAGGUAUAUCCCUGUAACUCCUAUUAUUUUAGGCUCUCAUUUAUUUGCAAAACUUGAAAGUUGAAAUAUAUUAUGUGACAUGAUAUCAAAAACACGACUCGAGGACACCCAGUAACAUAAUAUUUAAAGUACUAUAAAUUUAAAAGUGGCAUGUAUUAAAAAUAAGUGACACGAGUUCUAAUACUGCAAAACCUUUCAACUUGCCAUUUGUAUCUUAAUUCAUAAUAAUAACACAUGUCGUGACUACUUCAAAAUAUGUCUCCAAACAACCAUCUUAUUUCUCUACCUAACCGUCUCCAAUACAAUAUAUUUUCGUAAUUUAAGUUCAAACAAACAUAAUGUCAUAAGUAUUUUCAAUAUCAUUGACUAACAAGUAAUACCUAAUAUUAAGUUUUCUAAUGGCCCGAAAUCCAACUACCUAAAUAGAUUAUUGUUUAUCAUAU